AUGCUAGAGGGUCCACUAAAGUCAUGGAUUGUACAUUUUCUGGGUCAAUAUGUGGAAAGUCAGACUGUCAACGUGUCGACUAAACUCUGGCAAUCAUCCGAGCGUCUUAAGCUUGAAAAUCUGACGCUCAAGGCAAGUGUUGUGCCCAAUUGGCUGCCGUUUAGGCUCAAAACUGGUUUUGUGGGUUUGUUUGAAGCAGAUUUACCCAUUUCCGCCAUUUUUGGCAAUGCUUCAGCCAAGAUUAAAUUUCAGGACGUCCUGUUGGUCCUAGAACCACUCAAACAUGAUUAUCAAGAGAUGCAGGACGAAAUGUUGUGCUUAAUAGGACAGAAAAUGCAAAAACUUGAACAGGAUCUGCAGGAUCGAUGGACGGGCCCUCAAGUGCCAGAGUAUACAGUGUCACAUGAGAGUGAAGGAUAUUUCGGUACCGAUGGCUGGAUAGGACGUACAAUGACGAAACUUAUUGACAAUUUGCAGGUCGAUAUUCGAAAUCUACAUAUACGAGUGGAGGGCGUUUGGUUCCCGUUUGGACCAAUGAGGAGUCCAUUAAUGCCUCGAUCGGGUAAUAAAGACAAGGAGGGUGUUAAAUUUGCAGUAGGAAUGACACUGGGAGCACUUUCGGCCGUUACGACACCGAGUAAUUGGCGAGUUGGAGGCUUUGACGAUCAAAAGGACGAAAACAAGACACAAGAGAGUAAUCGUUUGGUAUUCAAGCUGAUCAAUGCGAUUGAUCUGUCGGUCUAUGUCGAUCCAAACGCACUGCAUUUUAUUCACUCGAGGAUACAUCCAAAGUUGUUACAAUCGGCGUUAUCGCGGCUAAAGGAAAUGGGAUCGAGAGUAGCAAAAGCAGAUUGGUGGAAUGCAGAAGAGAGUGUACAUGUGCAUCGAUUUUUGGUAGCACCGAUCAAUGUGGCGCUGAAAUUAACGAUGAAUACUGCAGCGAGACAUGCGCAUACGGAUGAUUCGCGGUAUGAUGCGGUGAUUCACUUGUCGAGGAUAUGGAUGACACUGGAUGAAGAGCAGUUGUCGGUACUGAAUUUGAUUAUUGACUCGUUUUCAGGACACGAAAAGUGGCGGCUUAUGAUUGCAGAACAGGUAAAGGCGUCAGAGCACCAUACAGCAAGCAAUGAGGCUACAAUGGAGGAGCUAGCAAAAGAUUAUUUAUUGGUUUGGAGUCAAAUAGUAGCCAGGAAAACAGAAGGAAUGGAUACAUUAAGGAAGAGUGAGGCAUGGCAUGAUGCAAUGAGGAUAGAAGAACAACUUCCGUAUGAAGUGGUGGUAGCUAUUCGAAAUCGUCUAGGGCUGGAAUGUGCAGAAGGAAAGGCAUUGUCAUACCCGGAUAUGCUCUCUGACAGUGGAAAUGGAGUGGGCAUCCCUCUUCCAGAGAUCAGUGUAUCAUUUUCAAAAGGUCCAACGGGCCUUUUGUUUGAUCUGCUGCCAUCGGGUGAUGUGGUAAUCAAGCGGUGUGUAGAGAAAAGUCCUGCUGCGGCGGUAGACAGUGUGAAGCCAGGGCUUUUGCUGGUAAAAGUAAACGACAAACUGCUACAAUCAGUGUUCAGGUUCAAAUCAGGGUUGGAUGUGGAGCUAGCUGUUGACUCCAUGCCAGGAACAAAGGUAUUGACGUUUCGAUACCCGUCCGUGAUGCCCGUCGGAGUCCUAUCGCCUCGUACAGUCAGUCAUGUUUCGUUUAGCUCUGACCAACUGAAAUUCUGCCUCGUGCGAGCUUUCCAGAAGCGAGUUAUCGCAGAAGUCAUGUUAGAGAACCCUGCUGUAUCAAUUAGAGGCUUUGGUCCCAGCUUGUUUACGUACCACUUUUACGAAGUCGUAGUCAAGGAUUUUUACGUGCAAAGCAUAUCGCGAGAGGAAGACGAAGGUAAUCAUUGCAUAGCUUCAAGCAUAUGCAAGCCCGUAGAUGUGUUUAGUGGUGAAGAUGCUCGGAGCUCAGCCGUUCAAUUGAGUAUCGAUUAUCUUUACGAGGGGCAUCCUGACUCUCGCCCUGACAUAGUGGAGACUUAUGGGUCGAAGCUCUCGUUAGCAGUUGGCAACUCCAUUGCAGUUAUUGACGAAGAAAAGAUGACGGCACUACUUGGCGACUGGCACGAUUGGCUUGGUGCAAAUUCGAACGACUACUCAAGUGCUAUGCCUUCACCAAGCGCUUCUCGUGUGGAGACUGAUCCAGGUACGAUACCGCUGUCAGGGAUUGGUCAACUAGUUUUAUCUGAUGUAUCCACAAGCCCCUCCAAUGCUGCCCUCACUGAUUCGCUUCCAGGAGCCAGUAGCUGUUCGUAUGAAAUUAAAGUCGAACUGUUGCGCCUGUUUAUCAGCGCUCACGAAGCGCCUAUUGCGCCUGCCGAGACUUCUAGAGAGCCUUCAUAUCGUGUUUUGCUAAAGCAGCUUAUUGGUAAUGAACCAAGCGGACCUCCAGCUAUUCCAGAUUGGGCUAGAGCAGCGCAUGCAAUUGUCGUGAUGCAACGUUUCAUCCGAGGCGCUAUCGUGCGCAAACGCAAAAUGGUACGUUUGGCGCUUGCUAGAAAUCGAUGGAUAUUUUACCAUGAUAAUGAGAAAAUGGGCUGGCUGUAUACCAGAGACGACUUGCUCGCAUUUCGACGUUGGCGUCGCUCGUGGUGCCACCUCGACGAUGACGGCAACUUUUCGAUGCACAGCAACGGUUCAGGUGCCGACGUUCUUGAUGUAUUCAGCCUGUUCGGAUGCAAGGUAAUUAUGCUGCCUUACACUUCCGGAGGACCAUGGGGCUCACAGCGUGACAAAUUGUGUCAAGUUCUUGAGAUAACGACCCGAUCUGGUGCUCUUCGCAAGGUGGUUAGCGCUGACAAUCUGGUGGAAUUGAAGAAGUGGAAGCAUUGUAUUGAAAGCAGCGCCAAAAGCGCAGCAAAGCGACUAAAUAGUGAUGAUGUGGAGGAAGAGGAAGUUUUUUAUGAGUCAGCAGUGGAAGAUUGCAAUCCUCCGGAGGCUUUUCAAGCAUCUACCCGCGCAGCUGCCACUCUAAAAAAAGAGCAGACGUCCUGGUUUUCAUUGAGCGUCAUUAAUGUGAAUUUUGUUGUGGAUGUGCAUCGUGUAUCCGAGCCAGACCGCUCAGCAUUCGCAUUAUACCUAGGCUUGAAGGACUUCACCGCAGUGGACCAUCGUCAGUCAUCAGGUUACGGUUUUUUGCACGUCGGCGACAAGUUUUUGAGCCUGAAAAGUGGCAAUUUGACUCCCGGAAAGAUGCGAGCAGACCAUUUGAGUAAUGGACCCUUUCUCGUGCUGCGGAUGUCGUAUCGAGGAGCACACGCUGAAUCAGACUGUUUUGUGCGUCAGAGUGGACUUCACGCAGAGCUCACGAUGUCCGGUUGGGUGAUGCCAUUUACUAUAGUGCAGGUAUUCUUCGAAAUAAUUGACGUCCUUGAUGUACUCCGGGCUGCUGACACAGACAUCACAGACAGUGGGGUUGACCGUACAAAUGCACCCGAGCAGGUGAGUUUUGCGCCUUGGAAAGAGGUACCUGAGCUUGGAAUCCAGAUUCGUGCUCCAAUUUUGGAGGCGUAUCUUGAGGAUUCUCAUUGUGUAGCAAAGUUGACAGUCGAGGACAGCUCAUGUUCGUACCGCGCUGAUCCGGCAGUGGAAAACUUUAAGCUGCAUCUUGGUCCCACUGCUCUAUUUGUGCUAACCGAAGAUGUUGCGCUUCGACUUGUUCAAGUGGACAAGUUAUGGCUUGGUUACGACCUCAGACUGCAUUUACAAACGGCAUUGACUGUCAAUAGGUGCGCCUUAUGUGCUGAUGAGUCGGCCAAGAGGCCCGUGUGCCAUCGGUCCAUCAACAUUUGGAUUGGUCAGGUGAAACUUGAGGCAGACCGACGGUUGGAACUACUGUUCGCGCUACUGGAGGCACUCGCAAUCACACCGGAUGAUACCGAAGAUGAAGCAGAACUUGAUAGCGCAAGCGAAGAAAAAGCUAUGACGAACAGUGGCCAGGGAGAUUUUUUUGGUAAGCGUGAUUUCGAUGUGAAGUUUCUUGGAGUUGAUCAGAAAGAGCGACUGCCUUUAAUGCCGUCUAACUUUCAAGACCAAGAUCCACUUGAUCUGCGACCAAUGUACGCAACUGGGUUUACUCGGCCGUGUACAUCUCCAUCAGGACGUAGUCGAAUGUCCACUGCAACUUCAGCUGGGUUAAACCUUGAGAUGCAAGACAACAGCCAAGAGCGGUCUAAGCGCCGAACAAAGGUGUCUGCGUUCAUCCCAUUGCUGAACUACCAGCUACUUGUUGGUAUUUCCAAUAAGCCAAUAGAGCGGCCAGGCUCUUCAAAAACUAUUUUUCGGACUCGAUUGCGGAUGGGAAGGAUUCAUGACCGUAUAUCUAUCACAUGCUACUCAGUGGUAUUCGAGGUGAUUAAAAGAAGUUUGUCCGUAGUAUCGUUGGACACCUACAUCCCAGUGAUGAACUUCUCCAUGAGUGAUAUGAAGAUGCAGUGCGUGACGCGUACUGAAUUUUCGACAGAUUAUGUAGUGGAUGCUAGCGUUGAAAUAUCUGCGCGAUAUUACAACACAACUUUAGCGGACUGGGAGCCCUUUAUCGAACCCUGGCGAGCUUAUGCGAAAGCAAAAAGUGAUGGCGGUGAGGAUGGCACAACGAUGCAGCUAAGUGCGUUACAACGACUGAAUGUAAACUUUACUGAUUCACUUAUUCGGCUGCUAUCUAGUAUUGCGAAAAACCGUUGCAAACAAGAUUUGAUUGUGGAGAAGCGAACACUCGCCGCUGUGGCUGCUGACGGGGAAGCCAGAAAAGAGGACGGACGCGUUUGUGUCCUCAACAACCUUGGUGUCCCGAUUCGACUCGCCAAUCUCAACACGUCACACGCAGGAACAUUACAUGUGGACGUAAGAGACGGCUGGUCGUUCCCAGGCUACUCGCGUUUUCAUAAUGUUCGAGUGUCUGUGGUUUUGUUACCUUGGUGGCACCCACGCGAGGUGCAGCCUGUGGAGAACUUUCGUCAUAAGUUUACUCUUCCCUACGGUGGAGCUCAGUUGGGUGUCACACCAAUUUUGAGGAUUGAUGUGCUUACGACAGACGAAGGCAAACGCAACUACGUGUUUGAUCAUGUCACAAAUAAGUAUGUUGAAGUAGAAGCAGAAGAUGAUGAUGAUUUCGCUGACGUAUCGACGACAAGCCGAGUUGCACCACCUAAUAUCCAACAGUAUGUGAAUCGCGAAGACAGCACUAAUACAAAUGCUUCUCAGCGGAUAAGAUGGUCUUCCAUUGGAUCAGCAGAGAUUAACUUGGCUGGCAAUGUGAUGGCCUCGCUUGAUCCUACACGGAUGAAGCUUAAUCGAUGGUACCGUCUUCAUGACUUACGUGGAAAUAUUACGGGAGAGAUUUUUGUUGGCUUGCAUUUUGUGCCAGACGUAGAUGACCCAGUCACCUGUGGCAGAACGACCGAACCGCAGCAAGUAAAAGAUGGUCAAUUUCUGGUGUUUGAUCCCCUAAAGAUCGUUAACGCCAACACAAGUGAAUCUUCGGACCAAUGCAAAGAUCAUGUUAUGCUAUCUGAAGGCUUGCGUGGGAGCUACAUUCCACCGUUGGCGUUAGAAGUUUUGAUUGGUUCGUCGCGAAUGAGUUUGAUGUGCCCGCUACGUCGUGCCGGAAAGUUUCUCAUUCAGGGUGAAAAAGUACUGGCAGAAGUCAAGGUUGCACAAAGAGAUGAAUCCCGACGAGUCUUGCUUCUUAGCUCGCCUGUCCAGUUGAAAAAUGACACGAGUAUUGAUAUGGAAUUCUGGACCUGUUACACACGUUUAGCCGCUGGCAAGAGCUGUGCCCUGCCACGAACAGGUAAAUUGAUGACGCUGACUACCAGCAACAAGAUGUCGGUCCCAAUAAGUGCACUGUUUGGCGAAGAGAAAGACUCCAUUGUUGUAAAGGUUGAUGGAUGUAAACCUACGGUUGUUGCAGAUUUGAACAAACUGGCAGCAGGGUCCACAAUUUUAACUUUGGAAGCUGCAGAUGGCGAAGGUUUGGGCUAUUGUUUGUACGUGAAUAUUACGUCACAUAUGCGCAAGGUAUACCGAGAAGAGCACCAAGGAAUGAUUACUCGUGGAGUCAUGAACCAGGACGGGGAGUUGCAGACGUAUGCGACUAAGUAUCAGAUUUGCUUGCACUCGUGCCUAAUGUUUGAGAACACACUUCCGAUUCGAGUUCAGUACAAGAUCGUCGCCAAUGGGCGUCUAUUGGAGGAAGUAUUUCAAACGGGUACACUUUCUCCUGGUGAAGAAGUCCCCAUCCAUAAUUUUCAGCUAGAUGCGCAAUUAAUGCUGCGACUGCCUGAGAUUGAUUCAAUUUGGAGCCGUCCGAUAAACCUGGGUGAUUGCAUUUAUCGAGAGAAAAUGGACAAAUCGAUCAAGUCGAUGCUAGGUGCGAUCUGCGCCUGGGACCCGAUUGUGGAAUUCCUUCCGUCCCCAAAAAAUCCUGGCAUUGCUUUCAAGGAGGGUGAUAUCUCCUCGAAGGUCAUUACACGCAUCGACUACACAGCUACAGAUGAUGGAAGUCCGAGAAUUGUGCUGUUUUGUUCUCUGUGGGUGUACAACCAGUCACACGUGCAGACGCUGUUGUUUCGCUGUGCCGAUAGUCCGGAUGCGUCGAUUUUGGUCGUGCCUCCGCUUGUUCCACAGCGGCCUGUGCCACGACUGAUGGAUUGUCCAGACCAGGGCAUCCGAGAACCUAUCAGUCUGAAGUUUGGAAGCAAGCUGGGCCCCAAAACCCGUAAUGAACUAGGAAUCUCGAUCCAGCGACCGCUGGGUCAGUUUCACCGCACGACUCAAGUGGUUAUUACUUCCCACUUCGUGUUUGUAAACAAGACCCCAGUAGCAUUCAAGAUUUCUCAGUACAUGAAAACGACUGACCGAGUUGUAGAACUGCCUGCCAUGCUGAACAAAGGGAUGCCGUCAACACAUCAUUUUGAUUUUGAUGCCAUGACAACCUUAGCGAACCGACGAGUUUACUUGCGAAUGGACCACUACGGAGCGGAAUGGAGUGGACCUUUUGCUAUCGACGAUGAAAACGAGUUUUCUUUGAUGCUGAAAGGCUCAGUGAUGGACGCUUGGAAAGAUGCUAGCGGCGACAGAGACAGACAUAAAAGCUUUCGGCGUAGUAUCUCAGAAAUGCAUCGUGUCAAAGUUCGGAUCAGUAGCGUGGGCCCAAGUAUGGUUGUUACGCUCUUACGAGAUGAUCCGCCAAUGUACAUGAUCCGCAACGAGUCGAGCUCGGACGUCUUUGUGAGCCAAGUUCAUUGUUCGGAUGAAACAGUUGUGAUUCGCAGUAAGGAGUUUAUUCCUUUUGCCUGGGUGAAACCAGACGGACCAUGGCGAGUCGCAUGUCGAACCGGAAGUGUAGUGGGCCGGCACGAAAUGAUAUCUCGAAAGUAUGGUGUGUACGAUUUUGCAAAUUUAGAUCGGGAGCGGAACAUCGACACGUUGCGCUACCGGAUGUUUGGGAGCAAAUCAAAAAUUGUAUCGGGCGAUAUUGUUGUGGACCGCGCAUCACGUGUGCUGGUGUUCCGCGAUUACAAUCCAGAUAAGCCGCCAAGCUAUAUUUUGGAAGUGAAAAUAAUUGCAGUACGUCUUUGCAACGAGUUUUCUCUGAAACCAGAUUCGACUGCCGAACUUAUUGUGGAAACCGACAACCAUGCUGCAAAAGCGACUGAAUCGAAGGAGCUGAAGACUGCACACGUGUAUCGCUUCAAUUCUGACGUCGAAUUUGCCUGUGACUCUCGUCCGAAGAAGCUUACAUUGAGCUUUUAUGAAAAUCAAGCAGACCGAGAAGGCAGGAUGCGCGGUGUGUCGUCUGCUGGUAUUGAUGACGAAAGCUAUAUCAACAGCAUUCGUGGCAAUAGAGCUGGAUGUAGCACUGCGGAAAUGGCGCUAGAUGCCACGGAGCUUGAAAAAUUGGGUAGUCCGAGGACUGGAGGCGACUUAACAUCGUUUGAGAAGAUGCAUACACCUCCUGUCCGGCAUUGUCGUCCUUUAUCGGGCAGCAUGGUAUCGUUGCCACGGAAUCAAGAAUCCCGUUAUAAGGACAGUGAUUUUUCAUAUGUAGAUGACGGACUGCAGCUGAGUGAUAUCGAACGGGUGAGUGAAUCUUAUGCCUCAUCGGAGCAGUCAGACGAUGAUGAUGUUCACCAAAAGGAGCGAGAGCACAGUGCAGCUGGGUGUGUAGAGAUAAGAAUUCCGAAGAAAGCCUGGACUCGCAUGGGAGUCGGUGCAAAACAAUCGAUAGCUCUGUCUUAUAACACAGCAGAACAAGCGCGUCGAUCUCUCGGACGAGUGGAAGGACACUGGUGGGAUAUGCGGGACCCUGAGAAAGGUGAUUUUGUGGGGAAAGUGUUGGUGGCAUUGAAGUUCCGCACGUCAGUACGUGAGCACAUACAUCCUACGGGCAUCUACAGCAUGAGUGCGACUAUUCCAAGCAUCGGCCUGUCGUUCCUUCACAACGCAAAUUCCAGCAUGGUGGAAGUGGCGUAUUUAUCGAUGCGUUGCCUUGGACUGUUGUAUUCUUGUGCAGGUGGCAGUAGCGAGAUUGUAUUCUCGCUGGGAAAUGUGCAAAUGGAUAAUCAAAUGGAGCGUGAAGUUGUGCUGGGUCCCAAAGUUCACCGCGUGAAAGAAGGCGUGUCAGUGCGAUUGCGCGAUCGCUGGCGUAGUUUAAUGAACUACCGCUACCGCGGCAUAUUUGAGGAGAUGGACACAAACACGUUGAGCGUCAUUCAAUUUCGGAUGUUGUGGAAUUCGAGCUGCCACGCCGGCGAGUUUACUCACUAUGAGCUUAUCGAGCUCAUCAUGCAAGAAUUGGAGGUAUCAACGGACGAAAAGUUUGUCGUCAAUCUUAUUAGCGUCUUUCAAGGAUUGGAGGGACUUGCGAGUCAGCACACGUUUGAGGAAAUUGUAAACACGCAACUAGACUAUGCUGGUGGAUUCAGUAGUGGCGCUAUCGUUCCUGGAGCAGGGAUGGAUGAACGAAGUGGUGUUGGAGGUAGUGGGGGUACUGCGACUGCAAUAGUAUCAGAGGCUAGCGGCGUAUACAUCGAAGAGCUGACAAUUGAGGCCGUCCGAAUUAAGUUCACCAUGGAGCUUCACGGCGGACGGUACAUCAAGAAACUAGGUCCAUCCGGUCGACGGCUCGCUGUGUACCUUCCUGAGUCCAAUGUGAAGGAUUUUCGAUUGUAUCUGACGAAGCUUUCGUUUACGCAUCUGUACGAGCCCCAAGCGAGUGUAAUUGAGAAGGUAGCGCGGCGGUACUCCCAGCAAGCUGUUAUUCUGGUUCUUCGUGGCUUGCACACGGUGUCAGUGUACGCAAAUCCAUUUCGGAUCGUCUAUCGGUUGGGCCACGGUCUUGUCGAGCUUGUACGGUUACCCGCACGUGGCUUAGCCUCUGGUAGUCCGCUGGAACUUGUCGGUGGUGCGUACUUGGGAGUCCGUUCGUUGGCAAUGAACUUGAUUAGCGCCAGCUACGAGAUUGUUGCGGGGGCGACGGGUAUUUUCGGUGCUGUACUAACGCCGUUCAUACCCGAGAGCCGACGUAAAGCGUUUGAUGAGGAUUUAGUUGCAUUCCAGCGUGCUGUGAUCGAAGAAGUGGAUACUUUUGAUGCUGCUGAAGAACGUACAAUGACAAAGGUGAUUGUGCGUAAGCCACGCGAGUUCAACGCAGGAGUGGGGCUGCUCACGGUAUACGGUCCGGGUUCAGUACCGUUGGAAGAGCAGGAGCGCAUUGAUCUCAAGGCCGUUGUUUUGCUGCAACUUUGGUGGCGUCGUCGACGACGAGCUGAACGUCUUCUUGCCGAAGCACGUCGUCUUCGUCCUGAACCCGAAAGCGCAGACCAUGCGUUUGAGGCAAAGCAAUGUGCUGUUCAAUAA